AUGGAUAAUUAUGUAAAAAUCAUUUUCGCUGGGGACAGCAACUGUGGUAAAACGACUCUACUUCUAUAUUAUAUCAUGGGAGAAGUAAAGGGUGAAGCAAAACCCACAGUUGCUGCAUCUUUCUUUACUCGAACUAUCGACUUAAACAACAAAAAAUACAAUCUAGUUUUAUGGGAUACGGCUGGUCAAGAAUUAUAUCGAAAUUUAACGCCAAUGUAUUAUCGUGACUCAAAAAUUGCAUUUAUUUUGUUUGAUGUAACUUCAAAGACAUCAUUUGAUAACCUCGAAUCAUGGGUGAGUGACAUUAGAAAUGAAGCAGGCGAUGGUGUUCUAUUAAGUAUUGUUGGUAAUAAAAUUGAUCUGGAUGACAGAGUUAUUUCUCAAGUGCAGGCAACAGAUUACGCUUUGUCUAUUGGUGCUCAAUACUUUGAAACAAGCGCUAUUACUGGAGAAGGAGUAAACGAAAUGAUACAAUGUUCACUAGAAGAAUACAUACCGCUUAUAGAAACAAGCUCUAAAACUCUUUCUCUGACAGAAAAUAAGAAGAAAAAUGGCUGUUGCUGA